AUGUCGGAGACUGCUCCAGUUGCUCCUGCUGUUCUACCUUCAGAGAAAACACCUGUUAAGAAGAAGACGAAGAAAACGGGUGCAGCUGCUGGAAAACGCAAGGCGUCCGGGCCCCCGGUGUCCGAGCUCAUCACCAAGGCUGUCGCCGCCUCCAAGGAGCGCAGCGGCGUGUCCUUGGCUGCGCUGAAGAAAGCGCUGGCUGUCGCUGGUUAUGACGUGGAGAAGAACAACAGCCGCAUCAAGUUGGGUCUUAAGAACUUGGUGAGCAAGGGCAUCCUGGUGCAGACGAAGGGCACUGGCGCUUCAGGUUCCUUCAAGCUCAACAGAAAGGCGGCCACCGGGGAAACCAAGCCCAAGGCUAAGAAGGCGGGCGCGGCCAAGCCCAAGAAGGCUGCUGGGGCAGCUAAGAAGCCCAAGAAGGCCACGGGCGCGGCCACCCCCAAGAAGGCCGCUAAGAAGACCCCCAAGAAAGCCAAGAAACCGGGGGUGGCUGCUGGGGCCAAGAAAGUGGCCAAGAGCCCGAAAAAGGCGAAGGCAGCCAAGCCGAAGAAGGCGGCUAAGAGUCCGGCCAAGGCCAAAGCCCCCAAAGCCAAGGCAGCCAAGAAACCCAAGGCUACAAAGGCUAAGAAGGCGGUCUCCAAGAAGAAGUAAAUCGGUAGUGGGACGUCGUACUUUGAAAAUCUCAAAGGCUCUUUUCAGAGCCACCCACUAAUCUCAGAUAAAAGAGCUUAGCCGG